UAAAAUCUUUGUCAAUAAUAACCAAACAAAAAAAAGUUAAAUAAUAUAAAUCAUAGAAAGAAGAUAGCUCCUCUGAUUGUUGCACACUAACCACUUUUAAUACCCUUUUUUAUCUCUCUCUCUGAGAUAUUGAGAGAGUCUCCUCUUUUAUCUCUCUCUCUCUCUUUCGCUCCUCAUGAUCCGAUUUUUUAUUUUUGUAAAUUUUAUGUGAUAGUUACAGAUACACGUUAUAUGUGUGUGUAUGUAUAAUCUAUCUAAUCUUAUAUUGAUGGAGACAAUAACCAUUAGAACCUGACUAAUGGAUCUCAUUUCUUCUUGAAGAGAUAUUUUUCCUGGUCUCUUUUCAUUCCCCUGUCUCCCCAGAUCUGUUCGUCUCUCUGACCAUUUCCAAGCUUCAAGUUUUUUUUUUCUACGGUGUGUUGGCAUUUGAUAGGGGACGCGGACACAGAAUCAAAGAGCCAUGUAUUUCUUCGGUUUGUCCAAAGAACAAGUGUUGUCACAGAGACAUGUUGUAUCAUGUAAAGAGACUUCUAAGCAGAAUCCAACCAGUACGGUCACUCUCUUUGGGAGACAGGUGUAUCCAGUGAAAAGAGAGAGCUCCAAUCUCAGCAAUGGAUGUAUGAGGAUUCAAGACAUCGAUCUUCGGCUUCCUGCAGAUCACUACACUUGUAAUGAGGAGAAAGAAGCGUUAGCCACAAGCUGGAGUGGCAAGAGAAACCCAAGAAUUGUUAUUGAUCUUGAACAACUUCCCACAGCAGAGGAUGAGGAUUCCAUUAGCUAUGCCACUGUGAAAAGUCCUGAAACAAAACCAUCAUUCUUGGCUCAUCAAUCUCUCUUACAGGAGGAUGGUUGUGAUAAAGCAAGUGAUAUGGAGUCAGGUUUACUGGAUCUUAAUAGUUUCCCUGAUGCUGAUGAGUUGGUUUCCGAGCCUCGUUGCUGUUUCUUACAAGAUCUGAACUGUCCUUACAUCGAAGAGACAGAUACUAGCUGCGAGAAGAGUGGUAUAGAUGAUGAAACUACGCCGCUUUGCUCUCCUAAAUCCCAAAACGUCCGUGAAAAAGACGGUACUGCAUCUCCAGCUUCAGAUACAUCUUGCUGCACCACUGAAGACAAUUUAAGAAGAGGCUCCUCUCCUCGAGCACCAGAUCCUUCUUGCCGUACCAGGCUUGAGUUUCCUCUCUUACCAGAGAAAGAACGUUGCAACGAGGAGGAGGAAGACUUCUCUGAAGUUAUUCAGAUGGCAGCUGAAUCAUUAGUCCACAUAUCAUCGGUUUCAUAUCGAAAUCAAGAGCCUGUGUCGAGAACCAGCAGCUUAUCUCAGGAUCAAGACUUGAAAUGCUGUUCCUGCGAUUCAUAUGAGCUACACACGUUAGGUAUAAGCGAAACCAACACGGAAGAAGACUUGUGCGUGUCAUCAAUGGCUAUGGAUGAGCUCAACAACAUCACAAGAGAUGGCAACAAAGAGAUGGGACUGAAGCUGAGAAGAGGGAGGAGGAUGAAGCACUUUCAGAAGGAGAUACUCCCUAACUUAACGUCUCUCUCUCGGCACGAGAUCCGUGAAGACAUUAACAUCUUGGAAGCGGUUUUGAGAUCAAGAGAGUACAAGAAGAUGCAAGGGAAAACGAAAGAUGUCAUCAAACUCGGAGCGAACCAGAAAAACAAACGUUCAGUGUCACAGAGGUACGUUGGUAAGAGAAGGCGAAAACAUGAAUGAUCUUAUGAUGGUAUCUUCAUUGUGUUUCAGAUUUGCUUCAUUGUGUAAUCUUUUUAACAGUCUUAUGUUGUUCAAUUCUUUUUUCUAUAUUUAACUUUAUGACAUUGAUUAUUGAUAAGAGGAGAAAGCUAGUGAGCUGAUGAGUGAUGACAUUCUGUUUCUCAUCCUCUUUCAAAAUGUUACUUAAGUUAUUUGUUAGGGAGAAACUGAAAUGUGUUAUAUUUUUUUUUUGAAACAAUGAAAUGUGGUCUAUGUUGGAA